UGUUGGCAUUGUUGACUGUUCCUGCUGGGAGAACAGCUGAACAGCAGCAAAGCGACAUUAUUCGUUUGUUGGUUGUUUGUUGUCACUUGUCGUUGUCAGCGCGCGUUGCGUUGCAACUUUCGUUCGUUCAUUGGUGGGUCAUCCGAUUUAGCGGUUUCGGUUUGUUGUUGAAGUUGAAGUAGUGUUGAAAGUGUAAUUUUGUUUCUGUACACGGUCAUUCUAAACUACUUUUGUGUUAAGUGUGUUCGUUGGUUUGGUGUAAAAUCAAAAAUACGUGUAAUGCCUACCUAGGCUACCUACCUAAAAUUGGUUAGUUUGUUGUGCUCACAGUGUUAGUGUCAAAAUUAGUGGUUGUCUACGCUAUGUUUUCUUAGUGUAUUGGCCCUGUGUGGAAAGAAUAGUGGAUAAUUGCACUUUCAGGAACUUUUUGAAACAAAACAUGCCCAUCGUCAGUGGUGUUUAACUUACAGUAUCAAGAUGAGAGAGGAAGACCUGGAAAUUGCCAUCAAGGUGGUGAUCGUAGGCAACGGCGCAGUAGGCAAAUCCAGUAUGAUACAGAGGUACUGCAAGGGGACAUUUACCAAAGACUACAAGAAGACCAUCGGCGUCGACUUCUUAGAGCGGCAGAUAGAAUGUGAUGGAGAAGACGUGAGACUGAUGUUGUGGGACACUGCAGGUCAGGAGGAGUUUGAUGCCAUCACCAAGGCUUACUAUCGUGGCGCUCAGGCCUGUGUGUUGGCGUUCUCUACCACAGACAGGGACUCAUUUGAUGCUGCUCACUCGUGGAAAAUGAAGGUGGAAGAUGAGUGUGGGGAGAUACCAACUGUUCUGGUGCAGAACAAAAUAGACCUCUUGGACCAGAGUGUCGUCAAUCCGGAAGAGGCGGACCUGCUUGCUCGUGCUCUAGGCUGUCGUCUGCUGAGGACGUCAGUCAAGGAAGACAUCAAUGUCAACGCAGUGUUCCGUCACCUGGCCGCUCGGUGUCUGGCAGAGCUAAGGGAUCAGGAGGAUGAAUACAUGUUGGGCAACAACGGCAUCCACCCUCUCACCAUUAGUGCCUUUGGUCCUCCAUCGCCAAAUCACAAGCAUCACUCAAAUGGAACGAUUGUUCUUAGGUCAAGUAAACUAAAGGGGCGUAAGAAACGGAAUGUUUUCAAAAACGCUUGUAGAAUAUUAUGAUACACACUGCCUGUGUUGUAAAGUGUACAGACUGCGAUUAUACUCUGUAACGAAUCCGUCCAUUAGACUGUUGUGUUUAAGAUUAUUUUGUAUACUUUUAUACUGUAGAAUUUAAAGCAGAAAUUACGUUUUCAUUAUAUUAUUUUUACAGGAAGAUCAAACUUUUUACUGAAACUGUAAACUGCCCUGAUUAAAAUUACUGUUUAGUUUUAUACAUGUUUAGGGAAUAGGAUUUUUUAGAUUUCAUACGUGAUUUUAAUAAAGUUAGAUUGUUAAUUGCCAUA